CUCUAACGCACUCUAACAUCUAGAGUCCAGCAUAAUCUUUCCAAACUGACUUUAGGACUAGUUAAUGGCACGUCUCCUCAUUGGAGGAGUCAGCCAAAAGGAAAGGAAGGAAGGAUUUUCAGUUAAGUUCACGUGUAUUCAAUGAUUCUCUCGUCUCUCUUUAACGUGUUUGUCAGUGAUUAAUGCAAAUUGAUGAAAUGUCAGUGGAACAACAUUACCUUUAAAAUUUAUCUUUUAUUAUACUUUAGGACUGACUUCUUGAUUCUAUUUGGCAUUUAAAGGAUUGGUUUUCCAGAAAAGACUAUAAUGACAUCAAUAUUUGAUCAAUACGAACAAGAUUCUCAAAGGUCUAAACAAGUAGCACCACCCCCAAUUAGACCUGAUAUUAGUAGUACAGGCUUCAUUCAAAUGAAAAUGAAGGAAGACGGACCAAUAUUCACAAAACAAAAAGUCAAUUUCUUACCACCGGAUAAGAUUACACAUCUGUCCGUUAGCAGUAACAUGAUUGUCAUAGCAAUGUCCAAUAAUGUUUUACUAAGAAUUGAUAUGAAGUAUCCCGACAAACCAGAAGAAAUCGAUAUCUCAAAAUAUAUCACAAAUAUGAAGCUGUCAGGCUUAUUUUUGGAUCCUCUGGGUUUUCAUUUGUUGCUCGCACUGGUUUCAAAGCACAAUGACAAUCCACCAGCAGAAUUAUUUUACCUGCACAGAAAAACAACCAAAUUAAAACAGGCCGGGAAGUUCAGAGGUCAUGAAAUCACAGCAGUGGGUUGGAAUUUUGGCAAUACAUCCGAAGUUACAUCGGGUCCUAUUUUAUUGGGUACAUCGAAGGGUCUCAUUUUCGAAACAGAGAUUGGUCUGGAUGGUGAUAAAAUAUUUAAUACGAGUCUGGAGCAAUAUUGGAGACAGCUCCCAAACUAUCUGCCUCUUUAUGGUAAUAAAGAGGUAGAAGGAUUGGUAUUCGAUAUUGGUAAAGCAAGUAAACCUCCGAUUACCGGUUUGGAAUUUCAUAAAAUACCAAAUACCGAUAAAUACAUAAUAAUUGUGACAACGCUCAUACGAAUUUACCAAUAUAUUGGAUCGGUAUCCAGUUCAGAUGAGAAACCAUUGCUGCAACAAAUAUUCAGUAAAUAUUUGAACAUGAAAGAACGUUUCAAUCAAUUAGAAAGUUCAUUGCCAUAUUCUAAAAUGCAGUUUUUUUAUCCCGGUCCAGGAGCCUUUCCAAAAUCUUUUGGAUGGCUCACAGAGACUGGGAUACUAUAUGCUCAGGUGGAUCCCAAGGUCGAUCCUGAGAAUGUAUUAGUAAAUCAGCAGAUGAUACUCUGUCCUGAAACUAGUUUAAUAGGGAGUGGAACGUCGGAAACAGGAUUGGCUCCUCUUUCUUUUAUUUUGACAGAAUUUCAUGCAUUACUAUUGUACGCUGAUCAUGUUAAAGGCAUCUCGCUUCUUAAUCAGGACCUAAUCUUUGAAGACAUUUAUAAUGAUGCAUUCGGAAAGUUGGUUAAUAUCACAAAAGACCCAAUGACUGGAUCUAUUUGGGCCUACAGCGAGAGAACUGUUUUCAAAUACAAAGUGAUCAAAGAGGAUAGAAACGUCUGGCAGGUGUACGUAGACAGAGGAGAAUUCGAAUUAGCUAAGCAAUAUUGCAAGGAUAAUCCUGCGCAUGUGGAUCAAGUGCUAGUCAAACAAGCUGAAAUGUUAUUUAAGAAUAAUGAUUACCAAAAGAGCGCGAUGAUUUAUGCUGAUACACAUUCGUCCUUCGAAGAGAUUGCAUUAAAGUUUCUGCAAGAAUCACAAAUAGAGGCGCUGCAAGUGUUUUUGAAGAAGAAAUUGGAGGGGUUAAAGCCUCAAGACAAAACCCAAAUAACUAUGAUCGUAGUCUGGGUUGUUGAGUUAUUCAUGAAUCAAAUGGGAGCACUGCGAGGCGAUCAGACAUCACACCUUCACAAUCCUAAAUAUACAGAACUACAAAAGCAAUUUGACAGCUUCUUAGCAAUUCCAAAAGUCGAGGAAUGUAUCAGGAAGAACCGUAGUACUAUUUAUGAUCUAAUGGCAAGCCACGGUGAUAAGGACAAUUUGAUUCGAUUGACAAUAAUGCAUCGCAAUUACGAGGAAGUGAUACGUCAGCAUCUGUAUAAAACUAAUUACAUGGAGGCGUUAGAAGUACUGAAGAGUCAAGCUAACAAGGAUCUCUUCUACCAGUUCGCCGGAAUCCUUCUCCAGGAGCUACCACGACCAACUAUAGCUGCCCUUAUUGCUCAGGGUUCUCAGCUUAAGCCAUCCAAGAUUUUACCAGCUUUAGUUUCCUGUAACAGCGACGAAAAACAUGCUAAGGAAGUCAUAAGGUACUUGGAAUUUUGUGUGUACAAGCAAGGUUGUCAGGAACAGGCAAUACAUAAUUUUUUACUAUCGCUGUAUGCUCGUUAUAAGUCAGACGAAGUUAUGCAUUAUAUCAGUUCUCAAGGCCAAGAUGUGACUAUGGUACACUACGAUGUGCAUUAUGCUCUGAGACUUUGCCAAGAAGCAAAUCUGACUAGAGCCUGCGUACAGUUGUCUGCUUUAUUAGGACUUUGGACGACUGCUGUUGACCUCGCGUUAACGAUCAGUGUUGAUCUUGCUAAGCAAAUUGCUGCAAUGCCCUUGCAUCAUGAUGAUGAGCUGAGAAAGAAACUGUGGCUUAAAAUAGCUGAACACGUUGUACGUGAAAAGGAUGAUAUUCAAGAAGCCAUGAAAUUCCUUCAGCAUUGUGAUUUAGUCAGAAUAGAAGACAUUCUGCCAUUUUUCUCAGACUUCGUUACAAUUGACCACUUCAAAGAAGCUAUAUGUAACUCUUUACAGGAGUACAAUCAGCAUAUACAGGAUCUCAAGGAAGAGAUGGAGGAGGCUACAAAAGCUGCGGAGGUUAUACGAAAAGAUAUUCAAGCUUUUCGGAACAGAUGCACAUUUGUUCUGGCCAGGGACACCUGUAAUACCUGUGACUCUCAGUUACUCCUGCGACCAUUUUAUGUUUUUCCAUGUGGACAUAGAUUUCAUAGUGAUUGUCUAGUGGCAGCAUUAACUCCAAUGCUGUCCAUGGAUCAGCAAACUAAAUUGGCAGAUUUACAGCGACAGCUGACUACCAUUUCAAAUAGGCCAGAAGAUACAAAUUCUGUUAUAUCGGUGUCAUUGUCAACCAAAGAUCAGAUUAAAGCUGACAUCGAUGAUUUGGUAGCAUCUGAAUGUUUAUACUGCGGAGAACUCAUGAUUGAGUCCAUCGACAAGCCAUUCAUCGAAGAGGGUGAUUAUGAAAGAGUAUUAAAAGAAUGGGCGUAGGUGCAGUAAUGUUUAUCAACAGUGUAGAUUUCAUAUUGUGAUUAUAGAUGUUAUGUGCUAGUACUAUUAAGUAAUAUAGGGCGCAAAGAAAAAAUAGUCGAUUAGCUAUAGUUUACUGAUGGAGACUUUUAAAAACGUUUAAACUUUAACGUUUAGUCUUUGAGGAAUUACUGUGAAAUCAGGAAUCUUUGCGGUCGGUGCUAUUGAUAAUUAUUAAUUAUACCACGUGUACACGUAAUGAAGUUUUGUUAAAUGAAAAACAGCAUUUUCAUAUUAGUAAAGUGGGAUCUCUUACAGCUUAAUUAAUGCAAAGAUGUAUAAGCUAAGCAAAGUAUCAAUCACGUAUUCUGAACGGUCCUGCUGAUUCCUCCUCUUUGGUAUUGAUAACCAAUGACACUCAGGCGAUCUCAUUCCCAACUUUCCGCAAGCUAAGAGAAUGUAAGCUGUGAGAGACUCCACGGUAUCUUGAUCAAUCUUGAUUCACUGCAUUGUCCAUUCAUCAUAAGUAAAAUGUGUGACACAAUGGUCUUCUUCUUAUGAAUUUUGAUAUAAAAGGGUCCCUUAGAUCUUACAUUCUACUUGUGGGUUAAAUAUCCGCUCGAAUAAUUAUUCUAGCUGUAAUACAUAAUUAUAUUUCACAUUAUUUUGUAUAAAAUAAUAGUAAAAGUCGGGUAUGUGCAAUACUCAUUUAUGUAUAUGAUCCUUGCAAGCAUAUAAAUCGAAUAUGUACAUAG